AUGCUUUUAAGGCAUUGGCUAAACUUUAGCCUUCCCCCCUGCGUCAUCUAAAUAUCGCGGGAACUGGAGGGUCCGCGAUUGGUCGGAUUAGAGAACAUGACCGGAAGUCCUAGGGCGGGGAGUUAAGCGCUAGCGGAGAUGGCGGCGGCUGUAGCCAGUCGCGGGAUUCGGGCAAAACUGGGCCUGCGUGAAAUUCGCGUCCACUUGUGCCAGCGCUCGCCUGGCAGUCAGGGCGUCAGGGAAUUUAUCGAGAAACACUAUGUGGAGCUGAAGAAGGCGAACCCUGACCUGCCAAUCCUAAUUCGCGAGUGUUCCGAUGUGCAGCCCAAGCUCUGGGCCCGUUACGCAUUUGGCCAAGAGAAGAAUGUCUCUUUGAAUAACUUCAGUGCUGAUCAAGUAACCAGAGCCAUGGAGAAUGUGCUAAGUGGCAAAGCCUGAAGGUGAAGCCUCCACUGAUUGUUAAGAGCAACAGCCCCAAAGCUUGGACUAUGCUGGACUGAGUAAAAUGUGGGGAAAAUGUGUUCUUCUGUUAUUUAUAAAGCUUGUGCUGAAAAAUA